AAAUUUCUCUGUUUCCCUUUUCAGGAUUGAAGUGUGUGUGUCUGUUGUGUGAAUAUUCAAACUUUACCUGUCAAACUGAAGGAGCAUGUUGGGCCUCAGUCAUGCUUACAAAUGGCAGAGAAGAGGUGAUCAAAUCUUGCGUCUCCCUACCUGAGCUCAAUGCUCAAGUCUUCUGUCACAGUUCUAAUAACAUUACAAAGACUGAAUGCUGCUUCACAGAUUUUUGCAACAAUAUUACCCUGCACCUUCCAACAGCUGCAGCAUCUCCAAAACUUCAAAAACUAGGACCAGUGGAGCUAACCAUAAUUAUCACCAUACCAGUGUGCCUUUUGUCUAUAGCUGCAAUGUUGACUAUAUGUACCUGUCAAGGACAUCAAUGCACUUAUAAAAAGAAAAAGAGGCAAAAUGUGGAAGAACCACUAAAUGAAUGCAGCUUAGUAAAUUCUGGGAAAACUCUUAAGGAUCUUAUUUAUGAUAUGACUACAUCUGGGUCUGGAUCGGGUUUACCUCUAUUGGUUCAGAGAACAAUUGCAAGGACAAUUGUACUUCAGGAAAUAGUAGGAAAAGGUAGAUUUGGUGAAGUAUGGCAUGGCAGGUGGUGUGGGGAAGAUGUGGCUGUGAAAAUAUUUUCCUCAAGAGAUGAAAGGUCUUGGUUUCGUGAGGCAGAAAUCUACCAAACAGUUAUGUUGCGACAUGAAAACAUCCUUGGCUUCAUUGCUGCUGAUAACAAAGAUAAUGGAACUUGGACUCAGUUGUGGCUUGUAUCUGAAUACCAUGAGCAAGGUUCUUUAUAUGACUAUUUAAAUAGAAACACAGUGACAGUGGAUGGUAUGAUACGAUUGGCACUUUCAGUAGCGAGUGGUCUGGCCCAUCUACAUAUGGAGAUAGUUGGGACACAAGGCAAACCUGCAAUUGCUCAUCGAGAUCUAAAAUCAAAGAAUAUUUUAGUGAAAAAAUGUGAAGCCUGUGCCAUUGCAGACUUAGGACUAGCUGUGAAGCAUGAUUCAGUAUUGAACACAAUUGACAUCCCUCAGAACCCCAGAGUGGGAACAAAGAGGUAUAUGGCUCCUGAGGUGCUUGAUGAUACAAUGAAUAUGAAUAUUUUUGAAUCCUUCAAACGUGCUGACAUAUAUUCUCUUGGUCUGGUAUAUUGGGAAAUAGCACGGAGAUGUUCAGUUGGAGGAAUCACUGAAGAGUACCAAUUGCCUUUUUAUGACAUGGUGCCUUCAGAUCCCUCAAUAGAAGACAUGAGAAAAGUUGUUUGUGAACAGAAAUAUAGACCAAAUAUACCAAAUCAGUGGCAAAGUUGUGAGGCACUCCGAGUAAUGGGUAGAAUAAUGAGGGAGUGUUGGUAUGCAAAUGGAGCAGCUCGCUUGACAGCUCUGCGUAUUAAGAAGACCAUUUCUCAACUUUGUGUAAAAGAAGACUCCAAAAUAUAAGUGAUAUUUGGCGUUAAAAAGGAAUCUUUUGAAAAAUUGUGAAUUUUUUUGUUUUGUUGUUUUUCCUUUGCUCUACCUCAAAAAUAUACAGUACAGUAUUUAAAUGCCCAAAGUACAGCCCUGAAACCCUACUUUAAAGCUGGCAGGGCAACUUUUGACUGAUCUUGUCUUCAUGUUUAUAUUUUAUUUUGAA